AUGGAUCCCCUUUCAAUCAUAACUACAGUGUUUGCUCUCUGCUCUGCUGUACGGCAUUUAAUCGCGGUUGGGGGUCGAUAUAGAGACGCGGGAAAGACCAUCGCCAACAUCAAGAAGGAUUGCAACAAAACCCUCAGCAUAUUGGAAGAUUACCAAAACCAGCUCAGUAGGCGUGGCAGUGAGCUGGCGCACAGCGAAAGAGCACACUCGAUCGACCUUGAGAGCUCUCUCAAAAAGAGCUGCAACAACUUGAUCAAGAAUGUGAAAAUAUUACGCGAAGAGCUAGAACGAGUUUCGUUACCCCCCGAAACCAGGGGUGACCUAGUAUUGAACCAUAUGCGGCGACUGAUGAAUAUUCCCUCUCUUGAAAAGGCGCAUGCGGCGGUCAAGGAGAGGAUGGAGGAUUUUCAGGAUCAGCAGUUGUGUCUCGAUAGAAACAACACGCCGUCAAUCAUUGACCUAAAAGCCCGUGAGAUUUUAGCAAAAUCACUGCACGACGCUAUCGGUGCCAAAAAAAUCAAUACAGUGGAAAGAUUACUAAGAAAUAAAGGCCUGGACCCCGACGCCUGUUUCCCUCUUGAAGGAGGUUCUUCAGCUCUCGCGGUAGCUACUUCAUUUGGGAACAAACCCAUGGUUAAACUUCUCCUCCGUCACAGAGCAACUGUUUCUUCACGUGACCAUAAAGGUCGUACGGCUUUACAUAUAGCCUCGAUAAAUAACAACGCCGAUAUUGUUGAGCUUCUCCUGGGCAAAGCCGAAAUUGCGGUAGUUGAUCAUCUUGGACGUACAGCACUUUGGUAUGCUGCACACGGAAAAAACACCGAAGACGCCUUCAAUAAACUACUGUCUGCUGGCAAUAUCGCCAUAGACGACUCGCAAGAUGACAAAUGUCCAACUCCGCUUUGGGCUGCCGCCGCAGCUGGCCACCAUGGCAGAGUACUGGCACUCCUCGAAAAAGGCGCUGAUGUAGACAGCAGAGACGGGAAGGAAAGAACACUGCUACAUCGAAUUGAAUGGCACAUAGCAGCACCUCUGACCAAGUUGCUACUCGAUCGUGGGGCAAACGCUUGGGUUAGGGACCACCCGGAUAAAAUGCUACCGCUACAUCGGGCAGCUAGCCAAGGUCGUAUAGACAUUGCGGCCAUGCUUCUAAGCAAGAUGGUCGAGCAGCAAACAUCUAGCAAGGCAGAUGCCUCAAAUGUUCGCGAUAGUCGUGGAAAAACACCGCUAAUGAUGUGGGACGCUGUCUUAGAUAUUCAAGAUGACCUAGGAAACGAUGCCUUUUACUGUGCCUGCGCAAAAGGCCAUUUCCAUAUCGCCACCUACCUCCUCGGCCUAGGGGCGGACAUCAACCGGAGGAAUAACGAGGGUAACACGCCUCUCCACAUUGCAGCCACCGAAGGGCACAAGGUGAUAGUAGAAUUUCUGCUCCACCUAGGGGCAAAGACAGAAGCAAAGUCAACAAAGAUUGGGAAAUUAUGGGUAGUUAACAACACCCAAGAAUCACGACAGGGCCAGCUGCUCGUCACGCCAGCUGUAGCUGCCAGGAUGGCUGGAUAUGAUGAAAUUGCGAGGCCGACGUUUUCACAAAUUGCGAAAUUGCAGCGUGAUAAUGCUGCACUCACGAGAUUUAUCGUAACUCUUAAAAAUAGCACUACUCAAGAAAGGGACAGACUGCUGAUCUCGGUUGUUGACGGUGACGGGAAUAUCAGUCUAACAGACUCAAAUGAGGAUAUAUCAGUAGGAGAUACCGUAGACCAACGUCCCAGCCAAGGCCCCUCUCCACCGGAUAUUCCGUCUGACGACGAAUUGGACAUUGCACAGUUUAUUUCUGUGGAUGACACUGGUCGAACCAACAUCUAUGGCCCUUCAUCAGCGCUGCACAACCCAGCAAGAUCCGAGACACACAACCCCUCUGUCCACCACUCGACCACAUUGGAGAAUGUAAAGAAUGGGCUAAUUGCCAACGCAGCCUUACAACGCCAUCUGGAGUACCGUCUUGCCAAACUCUCAACUAUCGCUGGAGAGCCAACCGAACUUGCGAUGCACUUGUUGAACCUACACUGGGCUCGCCAACACCAUACAUUCCUACUCACGUAUCGACCUGCUGUCAUGAGAGACCUUGCUUGCUCUGGCCAAUACUGUUCAGCUUUCAUGCUUAACGCCAUUUUUGCAUGCUGUAGCAAGUUUUCUGCCCGCCUAGAGGUCAGAGAUGAUCCUAGGGAUCCGUCGAGUGCGGGUCGUCGUUUCUUUGUCCGAUGCGAUGAUCUCCUUAUGAAAGAUGGCCUUCUGAUCCGACCACAUAUCACUACAAUUGUUGGGCUAGUCUUACUCGGGUCAACAUACAAUGCACGCGGAGAGACGUCCAAAGGUUGGCUGUAUACCGGGUAUGCGAUACGAAUGGUAUAUGAUCUGGGCUUACAUCUCGAUCCCAAGAAGACCACAGAGAACCCUGAGGAGAUAGAGAUUAGACGCCGGGUGUUCUGGGGGACAUUCGUCUGCGAUAAGCUGCAAAGUCUGUACAUGGGCAGACCGGUGGCGAUAAAUCUUCGCGACUCUCAGGUUUCACGGGAGUUCCUUGACUUGUACGAGGAAACGGAACCUUUUCUUCCUUCGACGCUGAUGACUGGGUCACCAUGUCCACCACUAACCAUGGAGGUUACCAUCCCAAUCCACUCGGUGUCGACAUUUCAGCAAUUAUGCCUACUUUCGAAAAUCAUGACCACUAUCGUCAAUUGCUUUUAUGUAGUAGGUGCUACGUUUUCUAAUGCCCAAAGAAGUCUUGCCAAGAUCGAGCAGGCUCUACAACAGUGGCGCGACAUGCUACCUCCAGAACUCAACUCCCAACCUUGGUUGGCACAGAGUGGCACGGGCCAGCCCCAAACACCAAAUAUUAUGGUUCUGCACAACCUCUACCACUCUCUUAUUAUCCUGGCCCAUCGGCCUUUCAUUUCAGACGGUCAUAUUCGCUCGAAUAUUACGCCUGGCCGGUCAUGGGAACAGUGUACAAUUGCAGCAAGAUACAUCACUAGUAUCGCGUCAGUGUAUAGGUCAACAUAUGGUCUUAAUGGAGCACCGUAUGUCCUAGCCUACACUGUCUAUGUGGCAUGCACGAUCCACGUAAGAAAUGCGGCUUCUCGGCAUGAACCUGGAGAUCAUAUGGGCCUGCUGAGACCAAGCUUGCAAUGUUUGGAUGAAUUAUGCGCCGCAAAUCCGGGCGUAAUCAAGCCUGCCAAGUCCAUCAGACGUCUGAUUGAGGCCAACAAAUUGAGUCUGAGCACUGGUAUGUUUUCCUCUAUGCGUUCAAAUGCUGUUCAGAAUGUUGACAUAGGCACAGACGAAGCCACAUCUACUGAACAUGACAUUGCGGCUGAUCUAGACACUUCCACUUUCCAAGAUUCAAUCCCUACUUUCUCCAGUGAUUUUCGCAUGGAUGACAUUGAUUUCAGUUUGCCCCUUGAUCCGUUAUUUGGUUGGAUUAACGUGGACACCCCAUCGCUUUAUGGGGAGUCAGUUUGA